CCGCGGCGGGGCCGCGCCCGUGCCCGCGGUUCCUCGGGAAUCGCAGGGAGAGGAUUUUUCCUAUUCCUGCUCUGGGAUGUGCCAAUUGCUUCAGCCCGGCUGUGCUGGCGGGAUGCUGCUCCCCCUGCUCUUCCCCCAGGUGUGCCGGCCCCUCCGCUGCCUCCUCCGGGACCUGUCCCGCUGCAGAUGGGAUGGGAAGAGGGCUGCCUGUCCCCACAGGGCUCUGCACACAGCCUGGGCCACCUGCAGCAGUGACAUCACCCCUGUGUUCACCAGGGCUCCGGCUUUUGGGGACAAAGUGGCCAUCAUUGAUCAGAACGGGGAGCACACGUACAGGGACCUGCUCAGCCGCAGCCUCCGCUUAUCCCAGGAGAUCUGCAGGCUCCUGGAGUGCCCCAGCAGGGACCUGAGGGAAGAGAGGAUCUCCUUUCUGUGCCCCAAUGAUGCCUCCUACGUGGUGGCCCAGUGGGCUUCGUGGAUGAGCGGGGGCAUAGCGGUGCCCCUGUACAGGAAACACCCCGUGCCCGAGCUGGAAUACGUGAUCCAGGAUUCCCAGAGUGCUCUGGUCAUUGCAGCUGAGGAAUUCGUGGGGAAAAUAACCCCCAGUGCCAAGAAACUGGGAGUCCCUGUGCUGCCACUUCCCAGGUUUGGUGGUGAUGGAUCCACGAGCCCUGCAGCCACACAGGAGGGGCCCUUGCCAAGCUGUUCCUCGUGGAAGGACAGAGGAGCCAUGAUCAUCUACACCAGCGGGACAACGGGGAGGCCCAAGGGUGUCCUCAGCACCCACCAGAACGUGCAGGCUGUGACCACGGGGCUGGUUGAGAAGUGGGAGUGGAAGAAGGAGGAUGUGAUCCUGCACGUGCUGCCUCUGCACCACGUCCACGGGGUGAUCAAUAAGCUGCUGUGCCCGCUGUGGGUGGGAGCCACCUGCAUCAUGUUCCCGGAAUUCAGCGCUGAGAUGGUGUGGAAGAAGCUCCUGAGCUCCCAAGCUCCCCGUGUCAAUGUGUUCAUGGCAGUGCCCACCAUCUAUGCCAAGCUGAUGGAAUAUUAUGACGAGCAUUUCAGCCAGCCCCAAGUGCAGGAUUUUGUGCAUGCCUUUUGCCAGGACAACAUCAGGUUAAUGGUGUCAGGCUCAGCAGCCCUGCCUGUGCCUGUCUUGGAGAAGUGGAAGAGCAUCACGGGGCACACCUUGCUGGAGAGGUAUGGGAUGACUGAGAUUGGGAUGGCGCUUUCUAACCCUUUGCAUGGAGUCCGUGUCCCAGGUUCGGUGGGCACCCCGCUGCCCGGCGUGGAAGUGCGCAUCGCCAGCGAGACCUUAAGGGAUGGGGCUCGAUCCUACACCACCCACGCCCAGGGGGAUGAACACAGCACACAGGUGACACCGGGCCUGGAGGGACAAGAGGGGGAGCUGCUGGUGAAGGGCCCCUCGGUGUUCCGCAAGUACUGGAACAGACCCAAGGAAACCGCGGAUGCCUUCACGCCCGACGGAUGGUUCAGAACAGCUCUGGUUUCCCCACUCCCCUCUUGACUGUGUGUUAGCAGCGCUGUGGUGGCUGGAGUCAGGCUGCAUUUCUGAUCCCUUCUGUGUAACCUGAUUUAUUGUUGGUUCCUGAAGAAGCUGUGAUUUAUUCUAAUUGUUCUCCCGAAGCAGAGCUCACUCUGCCAGCAGUGUCACCACGAGUCCCCGGGCCAGGCGGGUACCGCGGGCUGGGACCGGAGCGUCACCAACCCUCACGUGGGGUGCAGGGCAAUCAGCUUUAAAAAUUUUUUUAGUCAACACUCCUGAUGAAUAUUUCAGCUGCAAAGGAAUAGCGUGCAUUAAUUAUUGCAAAGAGAUGUCUUUAGGAGAAAAUGAUUUUGAAAUUCAGUUUAAUUUCAUUGUAAUGCGCCGCAAACAGGAAGGGAGUAUGUGUGUUUAAUUGGCUCUCGGGGGUAAGGCCGGGAAGAUGGCAUGCCUUUGUCACAGGCCAUUAGUGAUACAGACUGCAUAAUGAGGGACUACAAUCAGCUCACAGCUGCCGGCUCCUACGGGGAGAGAAUGAUAUUAAAUAGAAAUCAGUAUAAAUUAAACUUAACCCUUUCGCCAACCGAGCAAAGCUCAGCACUGGAAACAAGGGAGGGGAGCAGUGACAGGAGUGGGGGGUUCAGGGUGGGUCAGGGGGUGCUUGGAGAACCCCCCAGCAGCCAGGUGACCUCCCUGAUGUCCCCCUUCCCUCGGGCAGGAGGCUUGAACUCCCUUCCCCAUCCCUACCCCCACUCUGCCUUAGCUUCCUUUCCUCUCCUCCCUCCUGCUCCGUCUCUCGUGGACAUCAGGUCGAUGGGACUGGGUUUUUCCCAAGCCUCAUUUAUCCAGCAGUGCCAGGAGCCAUCCCAUGGCCCCAUCCUCACCCUGCCUGCCCCAGCCUCAUCAGCAGCCUCUGGAGAUCACUCAAAGGUGGCAAAUGUCCAGUGGAGGUAAAAAAGCCUUGAGGGAAUGAAAGGGGUUGUGUCCUGUCACAGGGUUUGGAUCUGGAGGGUGAAUUAUCCCCAUUAAGCACAGAUUAGUUACCCUGGAGCCAAAACCAUACUGGCAGGAUCCAACAGAGGUGAAUCCUGGCCUCAGCCAGGCUGUAAUUCCCUGUAUCUGCCACUUCCAGGUCAUCCAGGUGAGUGUUUUACAGAGGAGGCUGAAUGCCAGCACACGGUGUUCCCAAAACCCUGGCGAUGGCAUUCCCGACUCCGUGCCAGCGUUCUGCUCACUGCCCACCCUCGUGGGUGUCCCCAGCAGUGACCUGCAGGCUGCAGCUGCUGGCCAAGA